AUGGCGGAGCCGGCGGAGCUGCGGCAGGAAUCGGUGGUGGGGUUCCUAGCGGCGCGGGGCGGGCGGGCGCGCAACGCGGAGCUGCUGGAGCAUUUCCGGGAGUGGCUCAGCCCCCCGGAGCCCGAACGCCGCGCCGCUGCUCGCCAACGCUUCAAAGAGCUGGUCAACGCCGUGGCCACCGUGCGCCAGGAGCCCGGCACCGGCGUCAAGUACGUGCACCUCCGCCGCCGGUAUUGCGCCUCAGAGCCCCCCGCCACCGCCCUGAGCCCCGGCGAGGAGGCGGCGGCGGUGGGGGACAGCGCGGAGCGAUCGAGCCCGCCGCCCUCCCCGCGGGCGGGCGCUGAGGAGGCGCCGCCACCGCCGCCGGCGGGCGAGGAUGCUGGCAGCCGCCCUCAGCCAGCGGGACGGCGGGGUGAGCCGCCCCGGCCGAGCCCGGCGGCGGGCGGAGGCCAGCGGAAGGGGUCCCGGCGGGGGCCGCUGCCCGGGCGCGGCGGAGGCGGCGAGGAGGCUGCGGUAGCUGCGGGCCCGGGGCGGCCUCCGCCGGCGGAGGAGGCGGGGGCGGCGGAGGGCGCCCCCGGGGCGGCGGCGCAGGGGGGCGGCCGCAGGAGCCUGCGGGAGGCGGUGCGGGGCAGCUCGCCCCAGCUGAAGCGCGGCGCCCUGCCCGGAGGGGGCCGUGGCCGCGGCGGCGACUCGGACAGCGCCUCGGUGGCCUCGUCCUCCGCCGAGGAGGAGGGGAGCACCACUGGCGCCGUGGCCCUGGACCCCCUGGAGCACGCCUGGAUGCUGUCGGCCUCGGACGGGCGGUGGGAGAGCCUGGAGGGGCUGCUGAGCUGUGAGCCGGCGCUGCUCUGCAAGCGGGACUUCAUCACCGGCUUUACGGUGCUGCACUGGGCCGCCAAGCACGGGCGGCAGGAGCUGCUGGCCACGCUGGUCAACUUUGCCCAGCGGCACCAGCUGCCCGUGGACAUCAACGCCCGCACCAGCGGCGGGCACACCGCGCUGCACAUAGCUGCCAUGCACGGCCACGCCGAAGUGGUGAAGCUGUUGGUGGGAGCCUAUGAUGCCGACGUGGACAUCCGUGACUACAGUGGGCGCAAGGCUGCACAGUACCUGCACCAGGGCACCUCUGGGGACAUGCGGAGCCUCGUGGGGGCCCUGGAGGAGGAGGAGGAGGAGGAAGGGGCUGCCGGCAAUGGGAGCGGGCGCUGGAGGCUCUCCAAGGUGUUGCCCUCCAACCUAAUGAGCUACCGGCUCUCCCACCACCACCACCACCACCACCAUCACAGCACUGGGGAGGAAGCUGACAGCACCGAAGGGGCAGCAGUGCCAGGCAAGGGCAAGGAGAUGACCAGGAAAGCCUCCGGCAGCGGGCGGAUGAAGCCUCGGCUUAAUAAGAUCCGCUUCAGGACUCAGAUCAUCCACAACACACCUUCCUUUCGCGGUGACACCGAGGAAGAAGAGCACGAGGAGAAAUCCCUGAAAGCAUCAUUCAAGCUCAGGCCAAAGUCCAAUGUCUUUGGAUAAGGCUGGGGAGCAGGAAGUCUGGGAGGUGGGCGCACAGACUAAAGUGAGGCAGGUACAAGUGUACUCAUCUAGACUUGUAUACGCCGGGGAGAUGGGUCCUCUGAGUAUCUUGCUUUAACUCAGUUUGGUGGGGUCACCGAGCCCAGUGGGUCACCAGGGCUCUGGUGGCUUACAACUCCCCAGAGCAGCUGCUUCGGCUUGGCCCUCGGUGCUGAAAUGAGAGGCAGCGAGUGCAUUGAGAAACACUGGAGUGUUUACAAGCUGUGCUCCUUUCUCUCUAAAGGCAGGCUUCUGGAUCGGAAACCUGUGUUAGUGCAUCUACUAGGAUUAGCGAGUUGAGUGGGGGAAAGAACAGUGCAAAUGCUCUACUCCUAUAUUAUCAACUGGUACUAUAAACUACUAACAGACAACUUGCUAUGUAAGAACACCUCAGUAAUAUGCAAAUAUACUUUAAGUUUCUCUUUAACAGCAAUACCACCUGGCACAGCAUGGAGUUGGGUACCCAAAAUGAGAUGGUAGAUAAUGGUUUCCUGUCAGAAUCCAAGCUUCAAUCCAGCAAAGACUUGAGCCUGUGUUGACUUUAUUCAUUGAAAAUUGCCUGAUUUGACAUUGUGAGUAUGUAAAAAAAAAAAAAUCUAUUGCACUGCAAACAAUUAAUAAAGUUAACCAUGUGCAGAAGUCUCUGCUGUCUGAGGUACUACUGAGCUUGCUUGUUGCUUUUGGAAUACUAAUACCAGAUUAUGGAAGCAGAGAGUGUUUUUAUGUAUUUGGUAUCUUAUGUUUUGUCUUAGGCAAAGCAAUUUUAUUUUAAUCACUGUGAAUUCUCAAGUGCCAGACCUAGCGCAGUUCCAGUUAUUUAAGUCUGGUCAAUUCUUGUUGAUGUUGUUUGUGUAACUCACUGCGUUUGAAAUCAGAAAAUUGUGUUGUAUGUGUUACCCGUGAAAGUCGUUCUCUUUUAGAAAAGAGCACAGACACCAUUGCAUGAAAUCUUCAUGAAACUCUAAUGUGGUUCUGUAAUGUAAUAGCUACAGUCUGUGUUCGCUCAUAACUUGUGUGCCAAUCCCUUCAACUGACUUUGUGCAGAAAUAGAGGAAAAAGGAAAAAAAAAAAGGAGUGUGUGUGAAUAACCAUAACCCUGAAACUAUCCCUGUUUAUCAUCCUGAGUGAAAGCAGUAUAAUGACAUAUUCUAGUUAAGUCAUGGCAAUGGUGUUUGAGUUCUUUUAAACCUGUAUUUCUAGAGAAGUGAUAACCAAGGCUUUUAACUGUUGUUUAACAACUUAGUAAGUCUUAAUCUGAUUGACGAGCCUAUCCAUCUGCUAAAGCUUUCAGAAAUCUUGAAUGUUGUUUCUCUGCUUUAAAGGUAGCAAUUCCAGUGAAAUCUAGGAGGCAGAUUUGUAUCCAGACUUGGCUUUCCUUAAGAAUGAGGUAUUGAGCUGACCCUGGAUCCUGAAUGCUGCUCAAGGUAGAAGCUCAUCUAUGCUUAGAAGUAAAGGUAUGGCCAAUUUCAAUGCCACAUUUGUCAAAGCAUGCUUCGAGAUGGCUUCCUCGGAAUGUAUAUGCAUGUCUAGCCGGUAACUAACCAAAAGUAGAUAGGCUUUGACAUGUUAAAAUCCAAAUUUGAGACACUGAUUAAAUCCAUGCUACAAGCUGUAGAACACAUCACAGGGAAACUGCUGCUGGGAGUUGUGCACUUUCAAGGUAACAGCUGUCUGUAGCUGCUGCUGGUGGCUUACAUUUCUUGUAGCGACAGGGGUGCUACCAAUUCAUUGGUUUCAGACUUCCCAUGCAGAUAAAUUACCAAUUUCUGUGCUUUGUGUCAAAACCUAAUAAAUGACAGUAUUUGCAUAGGCAUGCAAGCACCACUUCACUGCUUCUGAGAAAAGUUACAUGAAAAAAAAAUGAAUCUCUGCAUAGGUGCUAGUCAUUACUGUUGUGCAAAAGGACUAGAAAUUAUACAGAGGUUCAGCUUUAAUAAUAUAGCUUAUAAAUUAUAAACUAUAAAUUUCAUGUGCCUUCAUUUUGGGUUGGUUGCCACAAAUGUGAUGGAUAAAAUCAGUCUUGCAGAGCACCUUGUCUACGUCUGUGGGACAGGACCAGAAAUUUUCCCUCAGCCCUUCCCGUUGAAGAUGUAAACUUGUACAACAGUGAGGUGUCUGAAGGAUGGGGGGGAGUCAUACACAUUAUACUGUAGAGAUAAUUAUUUUGUAACAGAAAAUUAAAUGCUUAAGUCUUAAAUUUCCUUCACUCUGGAAAAUAAAUAGCUUUUUAGGCUUCUGAAGAAAGGAAGUUUUCUGACUGAACACUUGCAACAUGAGCCCUCUUCAGCAUGGCAUGUCUGAAUUGAGCACAUAUUCCACACAACUACCUAUGUUCAAACCUUAUUAAAGUAACUUUCUGCUUUGAGAGUUUAUAGUUCUUUCAUAUGAACUGUUGGGUGAAGUGUUUAUCUCUUCACGUGCAAAUAGCAAAGAAUUGCACAAAAAUACUGCGUCUUAGAUAGCUGUUGGGGUCUGGGGAAAUAAUUUGAGGGUUUCAGUGCUUCGGGAUUUGGAAUAUAGCACACUUUGGAUUUUAAAAGACUAACUGGAGCAUAGUUUUAUCUUUCAUAAUACAGUAGAACUUUGGUAAUCACUAAGGGAACUUCAAAAAUGGUAAAAAGAUGCCUCAUUUAUAAUUCAUUGUUUGAAGUAUCAAAGUGAAACUGUUGGUCCACUGAUACUAUUUAGCUGUCAAUUAAUGGCAUUUCACCAUACUGGUUGAAAGGUCUUUUGCAAGGUGGAGUGCAGCAGAGCAAAAAUAUCUUUUGGUGUUUGAGUUGUAUUGACUAAUGGCUAGAUAACCGCUAGCGUCUGUCUGCGCUAUGGGACUAAAGCACUUUGAUUUCACGUUAUGACUUGUCACAUUCCACAUGGUUACUUUUUAUAACAUGAGCUAAAACUUAAGAUUUUUUUGGAGAUAGGAAAGGCUUGAUGCCCUGUUUCAGAAUAUUUACAGUCUAAAGGUACUCUUGAGUCAAAUAUUUUGGAUACAUUGCCUAGAAAGAUGUGAAUUUGAAAUAAAGUUGUAUGGUACAGAAAACUGGA